UAGGGCGCCAACCCAACACAGGGAUGGAUGGAUGAUUCAGUCUCCGGAACACCAGGGGGCAGUGUGAGCGUUUGGGUUUAUGUGUUGUAGUAUAAACGAAGGAGGAAAAAAACUGCACGUCAACAAAAACAUGGCUGACUGGAAUAGAGGUCAUGGCGCCGUGGAUGAUAUGAUGGACGCAGAAAACAAGCUUUUGGCGGAGAACCUGUCUUCAAAAGUCUCCAGACUGAAAUCCCUAGCAUAUGAUAUUGACAAAGAAGCAGAAGAGCAGAAUUCAUAUUUGGAUGGCAUGGACUCCAACUUCCUGAGUGCUACUGGGCUCCUGACAGGAAGUGUGAAGAGGUUCUCCACUAUGGUUCGAUCUGGCAGGGACAACCGCAAGAUCCUCUGUUAUGUUUCUGUGGGACUGGUGCUGGUCUUCUUCCUGCUUUACUACCUGGUCAUGAGGUCCCAGACUUAAACAAAGGAAAACAGGAAAGAACUGUGCUUCAUUCCAUUGCAUACACAUGGCUAUUUAAUUUCUAGAUGAUAUGAGAAGUGCCCUCGAAAUUGCAUUCGACCCUCAGGAACAAUGCCCAGUGUGAAUAAGAAGAUUUUAGUUCACUGAGGAUUUCAGUUUUUUUUUUUUUUUUUUUUUUUUACUGAGUUCGGAGAAAUUCAUGCUGAAUGCUGAGAAGGACUUGGCUUCUUCUCAGGCCGCUGAACUCUGACUUGCAUAGUAGGAAAGGGUUGAGUCCAGCUGGUGUGAAGUGCCCCCUUUAAUUGUGCUUAUUGAAGCGUCUUGCCAGUGGAAUGCAUGUUAAAUCACCAGCAGUCCGGAGGGGGUGCUUGUCCAUCAAAACCUGGUUGUGGUAUUUUAAUAUGCAGUCAGCAGGAGAGAACAGGGAGGAUAGAGGCUGGUGCAGAUCAGUUAGGGUGUUUAAUGUGGGAAUGAAUAACAUGAUUCUGUAUAGAUUAUUGUAAUAUAUCUAUAUUUUUAUAAGUCCCAGACACUGUAUAUAUAUGACCAUUUUAAAUCAUAUUGCAUUUCAGAAUUUAGGGAUUUCGGCUAUUUAAAUAUAUACCUGAAUCUGCAGAAUGUUUCUGAUAUUUGAUAUAUAGGACCAAUUUGCUUUCGUUUAUUUCUUUUCAUUUCCUACAAACUACAGAUGUUGGAAUUGUCUGUGCUUCAAAAUUGGAAGGUCAUGUAGCAUGAAGGAGGGAUCAGAGGCAGGCUUGUGCUCUGUCUCUGUUCUUGUCCUCAGUUUCUGGAGAGUAAAAUAUUUCACUUUUCACUCCUACUCUUUUUGCACAAGGCCUUGUGACUAUUUAUUUGAUUGUGGCCAUUAAGGUUAUGGGAAAAUGCGGGAAGCGGAAAGCAUUAUGUUUAGCAUCAAUUUUCCAUGUUGUGGUUUUUUGUUAAAUAAUUUUGAUUCUUUCCUUUAACUGUCACUCAUGCCAAACCAGCUCUUGUGAGAUCCAUGUUCACUACUAAUGGUACAGUAAGACAGUUUGUUGUAUUAAACUAUAAAACCACCAUCUGUGUGCUUUCAUCCUAGGUUAAUUUUAGCUGAUGGUGGGGUUUUGGUUCACUUUAGGAUUAAAAUACAAUCAUUGUGAGUAGCCUAGAGCCUAAUUUAUUACAGCUUUUAUUUACAGAUUAUUUGAUGGGUUUGUACCUUUGUUCCAUUUUCGCUAAAAAGUACGAAGGAUUUUUCUUCUACCUGUAAAUAUAUGAGCACUUGACCAAUAACUGUGGAAUAAAACAUAAAAUCUGUACAGCUAA